AUGUUUUACCACUUGUACAGAUGUAUACCUUCUUGCUGGCGUUCUCCGCCCGGCAGUAAUCACACCGAGUUUCCCCAUCACGUACAAAAGGAUGACAGCAGACAGCUGGUUGUGUGGGAGGAGUGGUCACCUUGCUCAGUGUCUUGUGGGGCCGGUUGGAGGUCAAGGGCCAAAGUCUGCGACAACUGUGACAGAAAUGACUAUGAGAACGUUCAGUCUCAACCGUGCAUGGUCAACUUUUACUGCCCAGUGGAUGGGCAGUGGAGUGAGUGGUCCGACUUCUCUGAGUGCAGCAGCAGUUGUGGCCCAGGGAUCUCCAAGAAGACCAGGCGAUGUGAUUCCCCUCUGCCUCAGUUUGGAGGCAAAAACUGCCCGGGUUCUGAAAUGUUUACUAAGAAAUGCGAGGUUGUAAAGUGCCCAGUGGACGGAGCCUGGUCGCUGUGGGGCACGUGGACAUUGUGUACUGCAACCUGCGGCAAGGGAAUCAGGGAGAGGACAAGAGCCUGUGACAGCCCAAGGCCUCAGUUUGGAGGUUCCGAAUGUGAAGGCUCGGCCACACAACAAGAGGAAUGUUACGGUGGCCAGCAUUGUCCUGUGGAUGGUAGCUGGAGCCCAUGGACAAGUAAUGGCGUUUGUCGAGCACCACGCUGUAGCCGAGGGCUGCAACUGAGAUCUCGGACCUGCUCAAACCCUGCAGCAGCUCACGGGGGCAAGCCGUGUAUUGGACAACAAAUGGAACGAAUCACUUGUUACAAUGACCAUGAUUGUCCAAAAAACGGCACAUGGUGUGAAUGGAGUGUGUGGAGUGCCUGCUCUUCAACUUGUGCAGGGGAAAACUCAAUACAGGGGCGACAGAGGGCCUGUUCUUGUCCCGCUCCUUCAAACGGAGGCUUUGACUGUCAGGGUGAGAGCUUUCAAGUACAAGACUGCAAGAAUCUGGCUUCAUGUAACAUUCCAAAAGAAUCAACACUGUCUGAAGAUGCUACCUCCAUGCAUAAGGAGUCACAACCAGACGCCACCAUCAGCACUGAUAGGUCAACAACUUAUGAGAACAGCAACAGCAGCAGCAGCCUUCCAGCAGCUGACAGGAUAUCAGCAUAA